AUGUCCGAGAAGUCCGCGGGCGUCAGCAACAACUGCAACAGCGACGUCUACUGCGGUCCGUCCGUGUUCUCUGAGGCGGAGGCCCAGGGCAUCAGAAACAAAGUAGCGGAGAUCAACGCCGGGGGUCAACGACUGCACGCCUACCUCGCAGUUCACUCCUACUCUCAGCUUGUACUUACGCCGUACUCGUACGACUACGUUAAACCAGACAACUUUGCUGAAGUCGAAUCGGCUGCAGCUGAGAUGACGAAGGCCCUGAAGCUCCCCUUCAACACAGACUACAUCUGGGGACAUGGACCAACCACUCUGUAUCCCGUGGCCGGGGCUAGCAACGACUGGGGCAUGCUUGGGGAGGAGCCAGAUACACCUACACCUCCGCCCCAAGGAAGCCAACUUUGA